CACUCCAUUAACGACCCAUGCGUUCGGGAUGGGUGUCUUUCCGGUUGUAGGUGUCUGUGCAUUCAUCUUCCCUUCCUUCUCACCUGUGCAGGUAGGUCGGCGCACACGUGCUAUCUUCCCUCAAUACAUCUCCUUGAACCACAUCAAAAGAGUGCUUGCUUCUGAUCACACUGGUGCACUGUUGCCGGGAACGACCCUGCGGAAACGACAGUCGUGGUGAAGUAGGAGCCAAAGAGGCUUCAGGGUCAUCUAUGAAUCUUGAAAUGCCACACCAGCCGACUAUGCAUCGAUAACAACAUUACCUACUACAACUCGCAGUCUCACCGCCGAUCGCAAUGGCCGCAACACCACCCCAUCGGAGGUCAUGGCUACGCGCCCAGUUCACCGCGCCAAAAGUCCUCUUCUACGCCAUCUUCCACGGUCUACACAUUCUCAUCUUCAUCAUCGGCUGGUACAUUCAGGAGACCGACCAGCGGCUGGCCGUGCUCAACGAACUGCACUUCAGCGUUUGGAUCUCCAGAGGAGCCGGCUUAUGUCUAACUUUCGACGUCACGUUUAUCCUCGCCCCGAUGCUACGCAAUCUUCUGCGCUUCAUCCGCCCCAAAAUCCGAUGGCUGCCCUUGGACGAGACGCAGUGGUUCCAUCGCCAGGUGGCGUACAGCUUACUCUUUUGGACCAUCGUCCACACUGCCUCUCACUUUGUCAAUUUCUUCAAUGUGGAGGCCUAUCAACUGCGGCCCGUCGCUGCCGUCCAGAUCUUGUACACUGAAGCUGGAGGCGUCACGGGCCAAGUCAUGCUCCUGUGCAUGCUGCUCAUCUACACCACGUCACACGCCAAGAUUCGGCAGCAGAGUUACGAGACGUUCUGGUACACCCACCACCUCUUCAUCCCCUUCUUGCUCGCAAUGUAUACGCAUGCUACGGGGUGCUUCGUCCGCGACUCGGUACAUCCGUACAGUCCAUUCGCCGGCGAGAAGUUCUGGAAUCAUUGUCUCGGCUACGAAGGCUGGAGAUGGGAGUUAUGGGCAGGCGGUCUUUACCUCAUCGAACGGCUCUACCGCGAGAUCCGGUCACGACGACAAACCGAGAUCAUCAAAAUCGUGCGCCAUCCUUACGAUGCCGUCGAGAUCCAAUUCCGCAAGCCUAGCAUGCGCUACAAAGCAGGCCAAUGGCUCUUCCUCAACGUCCCGAGCGUGUCGCAAAAUCAGUGGCACCCCUUCACCAUCACAUCCUGCCCCUUCGAUCCAUACAUCAGCAUCCACGUCCGACAAGUCGGUGACUUUACCCGAUCUUUAGCCUCAGCCCUCGGCGCUGGUCCUGAACAGCAAUCCCUCUAUAACGAGCUCGACCCUACGGGCAUGUACGAAGUGGCGCUCCAAAAGGGCCAACAAAUGCCGCGCAUCCGCAUCGACGGCCCAUACGGCGCGCCAGCCGAAGACGUCUUCGAAAACGAAGUCGCCGUCCUCAUCGGCACGGGCAUCGGCGUGACCCCGUGGGCCGCCAUACUCAAGAACAUCUGGCACCUGCGCCUCUCCCCCGACCCUCCACGCCGCCUGCGCCGCGUCGAAUUCAUCUGGGUCUGCAAAGACACCACCUCCUUCGAAUGGUUCCAGACUCUGCUCUCCUCCCUCGAAGCGCAGUCUCUCAGCAUGACGGGUCCCGGAGCAGACGCCGAGUUCCUGCGCAUCCACACCUACCUCACCCAAGCCAUUGACAUCGAUACUGCGCAGAACAUCGUGCUCAAUUCCGUCGGCAUGGACAAGGAUCCGCUGACGGAGUUGAAUGCGCGGACGAAUUUCGGGCGGCCGGAUUUCAAUCGCUUGUUUGUUGGCAUGAGACAGGGGAUCCUGAAUCAGACCUACAUGCCUGGCUUGCAGCAGGAUGGGGCCAGGAAGAAGACCGAGGUGGGCGUGUAUUUCUGCGGGCCGAAUGUGGCUGCGCGGGAUAUUAAGAGGGCGUGCAAGGAGGCGAUGGUGGAGGAGGUGAGGUUUAAGUUUUGGAAGGAGCAUUUCUGAUGUGGCAUUGGAGUUUCUGGAGUGGACGGAGAGUUGAAUUUACGCCGUGAUCUCGCACGGCUUGCAUGAAGUGUACCAUUAUUACUCCUCAGAAUGCAUUGUUUCCGAACCGCAUUGCAUGUCAAGCACAC